AUGACGACAGGCGUAUUCCGGUACAUCGAUCCCGCCACCAUCACGCAGUCCGAGGAGCCCUUCAUCAAGCCAUGGGCUAAAGUCGAUACCGACUCCACCUCCUUCGAGCGCACAGAGAGGAAGCGGUCCGUCGCCAACAUCCGCGAGGCGGCUACCAACGGCACAGAGUUUGGCGUCAAUGUCUCCGGGUUCGCAGUAUACAAUUACCCAUCCAGAGUCCAGCCUGGCGCCUUCUUCGCAUCCGACGACAGCGAGGUGCGCUCAAGCUACUAUGCCGAGGUCGAGCAACUUCUGGUGGAAAAACUCGGACCAGGCGUUAAGAAAGUUGUCAUUUUUGACCACACCAUUAGGAAGCAUGAUCCUACAUCGCCCAGGCAGCCUGUCCAACAGGUCCACGUCGACCAGACACCAAAAGCCGCUGAGACGAGGGUCCGGCGCCACGUGCCCGAGGGCGAGGCCGAUGAACUUCUCAAGGGGAGGUAUCAGCUGAUAAAUGUCUGGAGGCCCAUAGGGCACUCGGCUAGUGAUUUCCCCCUUGCGGUCGUUGACUGGAGAACAACUGCACCGGAGGACCUGGUUAAGGUGGACUUGCUCUACCCCACAAGGAACAGGGGUAUUGGGGACGAGAAAGACGACAGAGGCAAAGAGAUACUGCCGGACCCGGAGAAAGCAAAAGAUACCACGGGAUACGAAGUCAGAGGCGAGACUUACUCGAUCGCGCCUAACGAAAAACACAAGUUCUGGUAUAUGAAAGAUAUGACGCCCGACGAGGCUAUGUUUAUUAAAUGCUUUGACUCGGGAAGCCAGGGACAGCCGAAUGGACAGCACGGUGUUGCAGCUCUCACGCCACACACAGCAUUCAUAGACCCGAACACGCCCAGCGACGCCAAGGGAAGACAGAGCAUAGAGGUCAGGUGUCUGGUCUUUUACGGGUCAUAA